AUGUUGUCCCGAGUGGUGGCGGCGUCGCGCGUGUCGGUGGGUGCUGUGGCGUCCAUGUGCGUCAGGGGGCUCGCAACAGCGGCCGCUCCUGCAAAGAUCCAGCGUCCCAAGCACACCGGCCCGCCGACGGUGCAGUCCACGGCGGCUGAAAUCAAAUACCUCGGCACGGUGUAUUCGAUCGCAGCGUCGUCGAACCACUUGACCAAGGACAAGUUGGAGUUUGUCGUUCGUGAAGCCAAGUCGGAGAAGGACUUGCCGUUCGCGCGGGAGUCGUUGGACACGUACGAGCGCAACUUUUUGCUCAUCCCGACCCACUGCACCGGCACGUUUGUGAGCAAGUGCAUCCAGAACAACCAGGCCGACAUGGCGCUGCAGUGGAUGCAAGACAGCAAGUUUCUGCCCAAGCACAUCGUGAACGGCACGUUCUCGCGGUUGAUCGAUCACUACAGCGACGUCGGUCAAGUGGACAAGGCCCUUGCCGUGUUUGACGUUGUGACGAAGCACAAGAUCGAAGCCACGACCAAGGUGUACACGUCGAUGAUCAAAAUGGGCAAGAAGAACGGCAAGGCCGACUUGGCUCUCGAGUUUGCCACCAAAGCCAGCCAUGCCAAGAUGAUCAACUCGCAUGCGCUGCUGCAGCUCGUGGGCGAUCUUCCCGACUCGGACGUCCGCGACUUGAUGCCGGUGGUCAAGGAUCUGGCUCACUUGGGCGAAGUGUUUGUAAACAAAGAGUUGGCGGCCCUGUUUGCACGAUAUGAAAUGGAGGCGGAGCCGGUCGCUGCGUCGUCGGACGCCGCUGCCGACGAAGACGACGCCGACGACGACGCGGCCGACGAAACAACCGACAAGAAAGACUGA